CACGAGCAUGCACAAGCAAGUGAGAUCUCGCGUUGCGUAGAAAGGUGGUGGGCGAGUCGUCGGCGAACGAAUUCACGAGUGUGACGGCGCCAGCGAGUGUCGACCUAGAUUUGGGCCGAAUUAUUUGUGUGAGAGUGUGUGACAGUGGUUAAUUGGUAAUCAACAAGAAAAGAAACACCACAGAUCUUUUUGUGGAAGUGUCACCUUUCGUAAAACAGACUAUUAUGGACUUUGAUGACUAUGAGACACUUCCUACUAAAAAUGUUCUUACCCAUAUGACGGCAGGAGCCGUAGCUGGUGUAAUGGAACAUUGCGUAAUGUACCCGCUAGAUUCCGUAAAGACGCGGAUGCAAAAUUUGCAACCCUCGCCAAAUGCAGUUUAUCGUGGCGUUGGAGAAGCAUUGUUCCGCAUGGUCAAAUAUGAAGGUGUCCUCCGGCCAGUUCGUGGAAUGAGUGCAGUGGUGUUGGGAGCAGGACCUGCCCACGCUCUGUACUUUUCUUGUUAUGAAUACGUGAAAGACAUUCUCACACAUACAUCAUUGAAUAAUCAUGUUGGAUAUGGUGCUGCUGGUUGUGUUGCUACGUUAUUGCAUGAUGGAAUUAUGAAUCCUGCAGAAGUGGUGAAACAACGGUUGCAGAUGUAUAACUCGCCUUACAAGUCAUGUCUAGACUGUGUAUUGAAAGUGUUACAAACAGAAGGACCAAGUGCAUUUUAUCGUUCAUAUACUACUCAGUUAACAAUGAAUGUUCCAUUUCAAAGUGUCCACUUCAUGACCUAUGAGUGGAUGCAAGGAAUAACCAAUCCAGAGAGACAUUAUAACCCUAAAGCCCAUAUGGUGUCAGGAGCCAUAGCUGGGGCUUUUGCGGCUGCAAUUACCACCCCUCUGGAUGUCUGCAAGACAUUGCUAAAUACACAACCACAAGAAACGAAAGGCACUGGUUUAAUUCAUGCUAUACGGACGGUGUACGAGCUUGGUGGCAUGAAAGGAUAUUUCCGAGGCCUCCAAGCUCGUGUUUUGUACCAGAUGCCCUCAACAGCUAUUUGCUGGUCGAUGUACGAGUUCUUCAAGUUUGCACUAUCUAAAAGGACUGGGGAAUCUGCGGUGAGUUUGGAGCCUUCUGGAGGUGUUGUGGCAAGCUUGCCACUUCAUUUGGUUGUACCACAAGCUUCUUUGGCAGCAGAAAACAGCGAACUAACACUCCUUGAAAAAAGAAAAUACGACAGCAACGAAAACUCUUCUCCUAGUUCUUUGGGAAAUCCUGAUGCCUGGGAUGGCUGGGGUGCCAGUGGGACUGGCAUCCAGUCAAAGGUGCGCGAGUUGCCAUCUAUGUCUGGCACUGGUCUGUAUGGUGCUCUUUCCUUCAACACCGUUCAUGGUGCUGAUGGUAACAUUACUAAGGGCAAUGCCCUGCUUGAUGUCAGUCACAGUUGAAUGGAAUAAUUUUGAGUUUUGGGGGGAGAUUGAACCAUUCUAAGGUUAGAAAAUGACUGCGCAAGAGACUACAGCAUGUUAAUGAGGCAUAGUAAAGCAGUGGCCAUGAAGAAGUCGCAAAGGAUGUAUUGAUUUAUUUGUCUGUGUGUUGAGGUCCUACUUUGUAUUAACGCUAUGGACUCGUUGUGAGAAGCAAUAGCCAUAAAUUGGCAAAAUAGUGACCUCUGCUUUUUUUUGUGAAAAAGCGUUUCUUUUCAGAUGCUUUCAGAUGGUUAUCUUAUUCUGGCUCUGUGUGAUUCCACACAUCUAAGAAUAUGGAAAGACUAAUUGGAUUUCUCCAUGUUCACUGCUGAUGUGAUCUGUUACUUCUGACAGUCUGUCAUCCUACUGAAUAGCAUUCAUCUGCCCUAAAUGAAUCCCUAUAUCUGCACUUGCAUGAUACUGUUUAACAGUACACUUCUGGGUUUGUGGUGAACAGUAGACAAUGACAAUGAGGGUUUUGAAGUUGCAGAUUGUUAAAAACAUUAGGUUUUCUCUUUGCUGACAGAAUGUGUGAUGUAUAUGUAUGUUUGCAGUAUGGAUAUAUACGUUAAUGUAAAUGUACAUAAUCAUACACAUAUGUAUGCACACAUGUAGAUACAUUAUACAUGUUUAAUGUAAAAGUACAAAGUCAGCCUCUCAUAUAGUAUUGAAAUUUUAAGAGAAAUGACUGAUGUCAAAAUUUUUAUGAGCUGUUCUAUAUGUUAUGAAUGCUAAAGAUCAGAAGGUGGUCCUGUGUACCUGUGAGGGUACCAGUGUUCUGAAUUGAGCCUUAUUUGGUAUUUGUGUAUAUGUAAAAAGAAGAUAAUUGGAUAUUUAUGUACAUAGAGCUGUAAAGUUUAUUUUAGACCCUAUGUUGAAAAUCAUGGAUUUUUUGGGUUGAAUAGGACAGAUUAAAUGCUGAAUCACAUGUUAAUCUAUCAGAUAGUAUGUGCUUAUGUAUAUAUAUUAAGAGUUAUAAAAGCACAUUAUAUGUAUAUAGAACAAGUGCAUUGUUUUCAUUGGCAGUAUUUAGUUUUGUGAAUUGCAUUGCACAUUAUAACACAUAUGAUCCCUCUGCAUAAGGUGGCUUCAGAUUGAUAGUUCAUUGUUAGAUAAGAAGUAAAUGGUGUCAGCUUGGGAAAACUGAAUCAUCCCCUGUUUAUAAAAAAGAUUGUCACCUUGAAUUUUUUUUUCCUUAUACUGUUCUGUCGUAAAGAAUGCUUUUGUUAAAGUUGUUUACUUGUUCGGGUUGAGAACUGUAUUUAGCAGUGAGAUUUGUUGGUCAUGAAAUUCCAAUUACUUUAAAUUAGUGAAUGAUAUUUCAGAUCUAGAUAUGAUCUUUGGUGGUUGCUCAGACUAAUUCCUUUCUACUUACAUUACAGAAUUCUGGAGUAUGAAGGGAUGAGGUUCAGAAUAUGUUUUUUCUGAUGUGUUGAAAAUUAUGUAACCAGAUUGUCCUUAUGUCCAACUAGAAACUUGAUAAAGCAAAAAAUUAGUAUCCUGUCUCCUUUAUGACAGUCAUCCUCACUAUGCAAAUUAUUUAUGCGACUGCUUUUAAAGUAUUAGUUUUACUUGUCAUCAGAUUGAAGAUUUUUCAAUUUAUCUCUUUUUAAUGAGUAAAUGCACUAUACAAUUUUUUUUAGCAGUAUUAAAAAAGUAAAUGGAAACGUACAUAUAUUCACAGGAACAGGUGUUGGAAUUUUUCUAAAUGAGGUUUUGAUUUCGCAGUUCCCUGUUUUUUCAUUGAGCUGUUGGGUUUUGGUUUGUAUCUGUUUACUGCAAAUUGUUUACAGAAUUUCAGUGUAAAUAAUGACCAUAAUAAAUUGUCUCUCAAGCAUUUGAUUAUGUUAGUUUCCUUUGCUGACAGUAUUGUCAUUUCACUUUUCCUUUGCUUAAAUUGAUUGUUCAAAAAUGAUCGGGAAAUACUGUCUUGUUGAAUUAUUUGUAGCAUAAGAGUAAUUUAUGAAUUAUUUAGACAUUUUUAGAAAACGUGCAUAAAUUUCUGUACAGCACACAUUUUGUUUUAACAGCUAACUUAACUGAACAUCCAAAUACAAUGAUAGUUAGGAAACCUUGUAAAUUUUACUGACAUUGCAUUAGAAGUUCAAGUUGUUACAUAACUAGUAGAAUGCGUCAUGACUGAACUACUGCGCUUAAAGAAGUUUGUAAAGGCGUGUACGAAAUUUUACUGAAAGCUCUAUGUGCUCUGUCAUGUCCAAAUUUAUGAGUUAUUGUUUAAAGAUGCUGUGUAAUGCAGGGUAUAACGUAGUGGUUGUGUUGAAGAUGUCAUGCAGUGUCACGUCAAAGAUAUUUGCUCUUGUACUUCGGGAGACAACACCCUGCUGUUUCAGGUAAACACCACACCACACCACAUGCUGUGGAUUAAUUUACACUAUCCAUUAGGUAUUUCAUUCAAUUAAAAAACUAAAUUCUUUAACUGACUUGCUUUGUAGCUUCCCACCUGUGUCUUAAAUUAGUAGAAUUAGUAGUGUGAAGAUGUGAAAAAUGAAUUGGGAUGAACUAAUAGAGAUUUUUGAACUGUUCAAUAACUUUGUUAUUCUUUUCAAAUGUGCAUGUUAAAACCUUGCUGAGUAGGAACUACUAAUUGGUGUACUGACAAUUUGUGAUAGAUAUUUCAGCAAGUGUAAAAAAAAAUCUCUUAUAAUUUUCAAUAUUGUAGCAAAAACUGCCUUUUUUAAUGUGGAAAAAAAUUUAAAAUUUAUGAACCUUUGACUUUUUUUCUAUUUCUUUCGUGUAAUUAAUACUUUAUUUGAGUUGUCAGGCAAAAGUUUUCUUUCCAACUAAAAGUUGUUCACUUGACAUGUUGCAUCAUAGGUGAAUCAAAUCAAGGCAACAAACUAAAUCUUCUGUGUCUCCCUCUUCCAUCCAUCACCACCUGUAUAAAAUAUUGCAGAUAGUUAUUACCUAAAGUACAUUUUAUUAUGAUAUUUUGCUUGCUUACUUCUUAAAUAUUAUAGACUAAAUAUAUUUGAAAUCGUUACUUCAAAAUAUGUUCUAUUGAUAAUAUAGAUAGAAAUCAGUGAAUCAAAGUGAUUGGAAAUUGGAAGGUAAUUCAAGUUCUUUACUUGUUCUAAAUCAAUAUAUUUUUUAUUGGAGUUCAUGUACAAAUGUCACAAAUUGCUGGAAGAGUAUUUCACACCUUACUUUAGCAGUUUCCCCAUCUUUAAAAGAAUAUCUGAAACUUUGCGAGUUAUGUAUAUUGUUUCUUGCAGUGCCAUACUUAGGCAGAGGGAAAUAUGUUUUCGAACACAUUGAAUAUCUUGCCAUAUCAGAUAUUUUCUGAUUGUUGAAAUUGAAAUUAGGCAUUGCUUUCAUUCAACUUUCUUUUAUUUCUGCAUAUGUGAAAGAGGUUCAGUAAUUUUCAGUGUUCUAAAACAGGUUUUGAUUUGAAAAUUAGAAUUGUAUUACUUGCGUCAAUCUUACUAAGGUGUAACAUAUGCCAUGAAUUUUAGAGAAGGAAAUAUUUUAGUAUUUGUAUAAUGGCUUUUUAACCAAUAACUACUUUCUCUCGGCUGCUUUAGCACAAUUCAAUGGAAAUUAAUGGUUUUCCUUUUCAAAACAUGAAUUUAUUAAGAAAACUUAAUGAAAAUAUAAUUUCAAGGGCUGAUUUGCAAGCCACAAUGUUAACACAAGUAAUGCUCUUGUGUGUGUGGAUUUUUUGUCCUUUCAGUUGAGAUGAUGCCAAUAAAUGUGACACUUAUCAGAGCAGAUUUAAAAAUUAGAGGAUUUUUUUUUUAUUUUGAUAACUUUUUAAAUUAAUGCAAUUGAAACUAAAUAAUUGAUGAGAGUGUUUUAUAUUAGUACACUUCUGAUGUUCAUACACAGGUAUGAUCUAGUUUUAAAAUUGUUCUUUUAAAAAUGAAAUUGGAUGUGUCUUAAAAAUUGAAAAUUUCAUAUAAAACUUGAAAAUGAAUAUUGGGAAAAAAUGAUGUUCUAGUAUAGUUAAUCAGAAAAAAGAUUUGCUUUCUGCACUUCCUGAAUUUUUUAGUGUGAUGAAGAUGGUCCAAGAUUGACCGUACAUUUCAACAUCCAAAACAUAUAGUAACAGCACCUCACAAUUGCAACAAGAAUUUAGUUCAGAUUAAAUAGUAGAUAGAAACUGUAAAAUCUUUGAUUCUUUUUAUCUGAGCUUUAUUUUCCAUUUUACUUUCAGAAGCUUGAAUGUCUCAAAACCUCUUUCUUUUCUGGUAGUUUGCUAUGAUGCAUGUUAGAUGUUUUUGUUCAUUUUCCCUUCACUAAAAAAUUGUUUUGAAUGGUUAAUGGACUAAUUCUUAAAAUCACAAUAAAAAGAAAAAUUAGCAAUAGAAUGUCACUGUGCCAACUUGCACAUUGAACUGUUGAAUGAAUGCUGUAGGAAGGAAAUGCGUGUUUAUAGGUGAAUAGAAUGGUUUGACAGACUUGUGUUCUUGCUGUAGUUAAGUGUUAUCUUUUUGAGGUGAUACUUCCUGCUGUUAAUUUAAAAUUGAAGCUAAUUUUAAAUAUGCUCUUAAUGUUAAUUUAAAGCAGUGCCCAUGUGAAAUAUACAGAAUUUUCACUCGUCUCUGAAUAGAUAUUAAAUUGUGUGAAAAUAUUGAAAUGAUAAAUUAUUAGAGCUUUUAUUUAUUUUUAAUUAUAAUUUUUUCGUUUUCUAUUCCUGGUGGUUUUAUCGGUUUGAAAUUAGACUCUAGACGAGUCCAGGCCAUAACUGGCAUGAUUGAAAUUAAUUUUACUUUAUUACAAUACAGUAUAUAGUACAUAUGCAUUGAAGUAGAAGUUUUUUCCUCCAAAUACAAAUUAAAUUACUGAGUUAAUGUGAUCACUAUGGAAUAAAUGACAGGAAACUUCUAGUAUAUGAUCUAUAUAUGGAAAGAAAAUGUCUUGAAACGUCUGAGUUUUUAAUAUCAUUACAAAAUAAUUUUGUGUGUAUGUGAAUAUUAGUCAGCUUUUAUUUGUGUAUGAUUUAGUCCCUAAGCUUUUGAGUAAAUGUGAUAUUUGCCUACCUGUUUUUACCUUGAAGUUUUAAAUGUGAAAGUAAAUGUUUGCAGGAAGCGAAAUUAAUGACAAUUUACUUCAAAUUUUUUUUCUUUAAAAAUUGUAUAAAAAGUUGAUUGGAACAAUCAAAAAAUUAAAAGGAUGGCAUCCCAAAUCAGACUGUUUUGACAAAUUUUAAUUGUUGAGUACCUCAUAAUAUAGAAGCUCCAGCAAAAUUUAAUAGCUGAUAUCUUCCAUCUUGUUACUUUCCUAAUGCCUGUUAAGCUUCGUCAUAAAGGUGUAUUGUACUACUUACAUUUUGUAUCAUUUCUUGAUCAAAAUUUCCAGGAAGAUUGUUUUUAGUUCCUAGCUCUCAAAAUUUCAACAUAACUUUUUAUGACUCAUUUAUUAUGUUAUAUUUAAAUAAGCUUUGAUAAGUCAAUAUUGUAUAAUGUAACUGUGAAGUUGAGCUUUCCAAAAAUAUUGUGUAAAAUUUCAGUGUGAAUAGAGUUAAUUACAUGGUCUUUUUGUAUUAUGAAUUUGGUUUUAGUGAAGAUUGGUUCAUAAGGGAUCUCCUGAAAGAACUAAAAGGCUACAGAAAAUUGAGCAUUAUCUUGAAAGGUUGCUGUUUCAGUAUUACUAUUUACAGAUAACAAGGUUAAUUUAUGAGUAAUAAAUGUCUAAAUUAUUCUCAUGUUAGUAAUAAUUUUAUUGAAACAUACUUUCAAAAAGUGUGGUGUUAAAAAUAUUGAAUGUCUGAUUUAAAUAUCAAAUGCAGCUCUUCUUAUUAACUGCAAAUUGUGGUGUUUCAUGUAAAUAUAUUACAGAAAAAAAUGGAAGUGAUGGUGCAGUGUUUAAAUGUAACUUAGAUGUUUAAAAGGUACUUUUAGUGGACCAAUUUCUUAGUUGAUAAACACUUUAAAGGACAAGUCAGGAAGUAUGAAAUUUAAUGAAAACAUGAAAAGUAAUGAAAGUUGAUAUUUCCUUAUAUCCUUAGUUUUAUAAUAUCUUUGAGAAUUUUUAUUUAAAUCUUUAAAAUGAAAUAUUUAAUUUUUCCCAAUGUAAUUAUUCUCUUCUUUUGUACCACAAAUUUUUGCUGCAGUUGUUAAUGCCACCAAUCAUUUUAUGAAAACCCCCCUGUUCAAUUAGAAAAUUCUAUUCUUUACAUUGUGUUGAUGAAAUAAUAAUUAAUGUUAAGUUGUAUUUGAUAACUUCUAAGGCAUUUAAUCCAUAUAUUACUAAUGCACAUUAAUAUUAUGUACUGUUGGUUUAUUUUAUGGCAGUUGCUUUGUGAUGGUAUUUUGUUGUUUGCUGAUUACAUAAGUUUUAAAUUUCAUGUAUUUCAUUUAACAUUUUAACACUUAAUCAUUGAUGCAUUUGUAAUGCUUUGUAAAUUUUCUAAUGCAUGUUUUAGUAUGUAUUAAGAAGGGACUGAUGGAAAUUUUCCUUUAAAAGAUUGCAGAAUGGCCCACUACUGCUCUGCAUUGCUAUACGUAACAAUUCUUGUAGAAACGUUUUUCUCCUGUAAGUCCGAAGUUAUAGUGUUUAUGUAGAGUAUAAAACUAAACACUUUUGUCUGUGAUAGGGUCUUUAUCAUUGUUUUUAAUGAUAUUGACUUUUAAAGGAAGUAAUGUCAUUAGGGUGAAACGACACUGUCACAAUGUAUAUUUUUUUUAUUCAUAUAGAAUUUAUAUUUUUAGGAACAGUGUUAUUUUGUUUCAACAUAAUGAAUUAUAUUUUAGUUUGUUUCAUUUUAAUAAAGUGAUACCCUGAAACAAUUGUGUGCUUUGUGAAGAAAAAAGAGAAAACAGCGAAAUGGAGGAUUCAUGACAACCUUUUAUGUUCUGACAGUAUAGCUCAAAAUUAUUGUAUCACUGACAUCAUCAGUAAGGUAGAUGUUUUCCUGAAGGCUAAUAAGCCAAAAUAAAUAAAUAUUGUUUAUUCUUUAUUUGAAAAUUACUUUUCUAAAUUACAAGAAUUUAUAUUUCUUUCCAAUGCGAAAAUAUGAAAUGCAUACAUUUUGAAAAAAUGUAUUCUUAGUCCCUUGCCAAUGGUUUCUUUUUGAGAUAACUUCAUCUCUUAUCUAUUAUUUUUACAUUUGGUUGUAAAAAAAAGCAUUAGAAGAAAGUAAAAGCAAAUAAGUUAUUAAUUGGAAUGGAGACAAAUUUUGUUUCAUCCCAGUUUUGUGUUAAAAAAGUUGUAGUUCUCCAUAUAUUACUGAUAGUAUAAAUGAAGGUAAAAUAAAGUCGAAUGGCUUUGGUCGAAUGGCUCUUUCUUGAAGUAAAAAUAUGAUUAAAACGUCCAUCUACAAUGAUAUUUAUGCAACAGCUACUCCAUAUCCAGAGGUUAGUGCGAAUUAAGAAUUUUUAAUAUAUGCAUUCUUCAAAUUGUUAAUUUUUGAAUAUAUGUAUUAAGAUGUUCAUUGCAUGUGUCCUGAAUAAGCAUACUUCGUUCCAUAAAUACCGAGGCAUUGUGAGUAAUUAAUGGUAUAUGAUAUUUUAAGGGCAAAUGAGACAGGUUUUUUAUGAAAGAAAGAGAGUAGUUUUCUCUAUAUUCCAAGUGGAUUAAAGAACUGACAGCAAUUGGUAAUAACAACACACUUGCAUAGCUUAGUAUGUGCAGGCCAAUUUAUGUAUAAAAUUGCAUUUCAUUGGCCUACAAAACUUGAAAUGUCACUAUACUAUUAUUUAUACAAGAAUGCCUUAUUUAGGUAAAAUGAAUAAUGCAUACUGCUGUACCUAUGUUCAGCAUUAUCUAUCUUCUUUAAAAAGAAAUGAAUCUUCCAUAAUUUAAUGGGAAAAAAUUAGUAAAAUUACUUUUGGACCAUUUAGUGACAAAUGAUUACUUAAAAUCAAUGGUUUUCUCAUAGUUUUCAAAGAGUCCUCCUACAGGAUUAAAACUUUAAUGAACCCCUUACAAUGAGAACUACCUCAAUUAUAUAUUUGAAAUAUUAUCUGGUUAAAUGUUUAAGAAUUUUAUUUAAAGCAUUAAUUUGAAUUUAUUAUAGGUCUAGUAAACUAUUCCAAGAAUAUGGAGGACAGCUCUAAAUUUUGUUAAAUUCUCCUUCAAAUGUUUCCAUGGAAGUUGAUUGUUCAUGUUUUUUUCAAUGAUUCAUCUUUGACAUUCCUAAACCCUUUUUUGGUCUAAUGAUGUGUUCUUAAAUAGAUUAAUUUCCCGCAGGAAAUAUUUUUUUUCAUUUUGAAUUCAUUUUGACAUAAUUUGAUGUAUUUAAUCCAUAAAACUGUCCAGAAUUUUCCUCAGGGUAGCUGGUCAGGAGAAUUAUAGUAUGCAUAUUUUCAGGUAACAGGAAGUAAAAGAUUAUUAAGUAAAAUGUAGAUUAUGAUACGAAGUAAGAAUUUUAGUUACAUUUAAUAAUUACUAUAAUGUGAAGAUUAGUAAAAUACUUGUAAAAUCCAAAGAAAUAUUUUUCUAUGCAUAUUAAAGUGCUCUGAACUUCUUGAAUAUUUUGAAGGAUUUUUAUGUAGGUAGUUACAGGAUACAAUUUAUAUUAGUAUUGUGAAAUGGAAACUCCAUAUCAAGGCUUAGUGUAAAUAUUUCCAAGAAAUUAAAUACUUUGGAUUUAAAUUUUUUUUAAAAAUUAAAAUAAUUAUAAAUUAAGAAUCUGCCUGUGGUUAGAACAAUGAAACUUGAAUAAAAAUAGAAUUUUGUUAUUUUUUAGCUGAUCUUUUCUCACUUUUAAAGUAAAUGAAAUGUCUUAUAUUUUUUUUACUUAUGUUUUUCCAUUAUUCAGUCAUAAGUAGCCUUAGUCAACACACACAAAUUUGAGGGUAUUUAUACUAAUUAAUACUUUACAAAUGCUCUCUGAUUUUCAAGCAAUUCAAAUAUUGCCGUUUUUAUCUUUUGAAUAAGUUGUUUUUUGGAACUAAAAAUUGUACAUUUUGCUCUCCUUUCUUAAAGAAUGGUACCAAAGAGAUGUUGUGGUUGUAGUGAUUGGAAUUUUAAUUGAAGUUUUUGCAGGCUAGAUGCAGUGAUCAGUGCUGGUUCGCUGCAUUUUUUCUAUUCCUGUAAUUUAUUGAAUUUGUUCAUCGGCCAGUUAUCCUGAAAGUGUUUGGAAGAAAGAUGGUAAUUAAAUCAUCCCAGCAUUUAGAUGGUUAUUUACAAACUUGUGUAUUUCAAAUAUUAUUAAAGAAGAAAAAGAAAUGACAACUCUCACAAUAAAGGUUCAUCAUUUAUCUGAGGCUAAUUUGGACCAGUAGCAGCUGGGAGCUGGGAAGAGUAUGGAACGAAAUCGAAAAGCUAGUCCAGGCUAAAGAGAUUAGGAAGUAACACGUACGAGAAAGUACGUGAAAUAAGACAUAGAUUCGCGCCAUUACAAUAUGAUGCAGGUGUAUUUUGAGAAAAUAUGAUGGCUCGCGAAAACAUGCGGCCGUCUCAAGAGGCACGGUGUGCAUCUCCUUAAAGCUGUAAUACUCGUACCACCUUGCACCUCAGAUCUGGUUGCCGGGGCUGGCGGCAGCCAACAGAGCCCCGCCCACAGACCCAGUGCUCUGGAGCGGGAGUGCGUCACCGAAUGCGCCAAGCCAACGGGCCACUUCCAACCGCCAACGAGUUCAGAGGUAGCCAUUCCACUAUCAGAAGAUAUUUUGCGGGGAAAGUGGAAUGAGGCAACAUUCCGUUCUGCCUUAAAUGAUUCGAAGGUGUUUACACCUCAUCGAGGCAUUAUCCUCCAGUCACAUACUCCUCGACGACUUAAGCAGGAGAUUUCACAAGAGAAUCUGACAUGUGGUAUGUACUAUAUUUAUUCACGAUUUAGACAAAACUGGCAUUAAUGCGAAAAUCCGUGACAUGCAUUAGGCUGUAAAUUUUAUUGAUUGAAGACAGUACCUCUCAAUCUGCACGUAUCUAGUGCAUCAGGAGGUUCAUAAUGUUACUUCCGGUUCCUUCUCAAAAUCUAUUUCAUAGUUGUAAUGUAACAGCAUACUCUGCUUCCA